AAUUGUCAGCUUAAAUACCGCGUGCGCCUCGUCUCUCGCAUUGAGGCUGGACCUGACCGACUCGUCCACGCGUGUAUCUGUCUCUCUGUCUCUCUCCGUGUCUCGUGCGUGUGUUUUCUCCUGUCCUCGCGCUCCGGUGACCGUGAGCAUGCAGGUGUGUGUGCUGCUGCUGCUGCUGCUGCAGGGAUGCUGCUCCGCCGUCAAGGGAUGGAAGCUACUGAAGAACGACGCCACGGAGAUUUUACCGGAGUACAGAGAAAACACUCAGGCCGCUCAGGAGGAGAUACUACCGGCGGCCAACAACAAUAACAACAACAACAAUAACAACAACAACAACAACAACAACAACCACAACAGCAGCAACAGCGUGAAUAACAGGGCGAAGAACGGCGGCAGGACGGCAAACACCGUCUCCUACAGUGCCGCGGAGCUGAGCUGCAGGGAGCUGCGAUCCACCCGUUACAUCACCGACGGAUCUUGCCGCAGCGCCAAACCGGUGAAGGAGCUGGUGUGCUCGGGCCAGUGCAUGCCCGCACACCUCAUGCCCAACUCCAUCGGCCGCGGGAAGUGGUGGCGGGGCAGCGCCUCGGACUACCGCUGCAUCCCGGCCCACUCCCGGACGAGGAGGGUGCAGCUGCAGUGUCCCAACGGCAACACUCGGACUUAUAAAAUCCGCGUGGUCACCUCCUGCAAGUGCAAACGCUUCAGGCCCCACCACAACCAGUCGGAGGCCAAGGAGGUCCCGAAGACGCCACGCAACAAGAAACGUUUGUCUCAAGACCGGAGCAAGAACAACACGCCGACAAUGAUGGGCAACUCGUACUGAUGCUGCUCCUCAGCAUCCAGAGGACAGACACCAAAGCACACACAUACACACACACAUUACACACCAGAUUCUCCUCCAAAUAGGGAGGAAAAGAAAUUUCAAAGAAAGCGAAUUCAUAAGCUAAUUGCUGGGCUGGUUUUUAAGUCAUCAGUCUUUAUUUUUCAGCAUAUUUGUGAACUCUGCUGCUUUUAUUUGCAUGACGAUGAGACGAGUCAGUGGAGCUCAGGAGCUCGCCAGCACCACGUUGGAUCAUAUAAAAAGUAUCUGAUCGCCCCAACAGCUCCGAGCUCGGUUCCUGUCCUCCACUCACACAGAUUUCAUUUAAUGAGAAGUCCUCCUCCCCGAGGCUUCCCGUCCAUCUGUACAAACAUCCAGCGGAUGCAGAGCUACGCCGCUCCACCAACGCGUCGGCCGCUGUUUAAAGCUGAAAAGGUGUAUCUCCGCUCCAGAGUGGUUGUAAUCCAUCUCCUUUUGGCUGUGUGUGUGUGUGAGGGGGAGAUGGUGGCAGCUCUGGGGGCUCUGGCGGUGAGAUGUUGACAGGUUCUGAGAGGCCCUGGGCUGCGCGGCGGUCCAGGCAGCUCUCUAACAGCACCACUAAAGGCCUCACUCAUCAGGACAGCCCCACGGCUCUCUCCCCGACCGGCCUGUCAGUUACAGCAGUUCCCACGACCAGAAACAAACCGAGCUUUUCACAUUUCUCUACUUUGUGCCUCCUUGUCUCCUCGCUCCUGCAGGUUUUGACCCAUAAAUCAAUCUCGACUCUCCACUUUGAAGGGCGUCCCAAUUCUAAAAUGGGAGGUUUGCUGGAGGAGCUAUAAGCCAAGAUACACUUAUAUGUCCUUUGAAUACUUUUUGACACCCAUCAUAGUCUUUUUUUAUACUUUACAAAGUUUAAAACACAUCAGGGGGACUCCAGGUUGUCAUAAAAACGAUAUAGAAGCAAAUAAAAAGUCACAUAAAUAUCUUAAAGCUUCCAGUUGUUGUAACAGCUGUUUGUUUGUGCAAAUAUAUAGGUAAUGUACUGUUUUUGAGAUCAGCUUUGAAAUGUUUUAAUUCAGAUUUUUGCAUGUAUCAAAUAGAACUGCAAAAAAAAAGACACCUGUGAAGAGUGGCGUAAUGGUUUGACAGCUGAUGCAGCUUUUUUAAGGGACAAUGUGUAAAAUAUGGACCAAAACAACAGGCAAUAAUUCAUCUUGUGCAAGAUUUAAAUAGCUCACUAAUUGCAGUGCGAUUGCGUAACUGAACCUGAUGUAGAACAAACCUUACAAUGUCCUCCAAAAUAUGCAGAGUACUUUCCAAACAAAAAUUAUGUCUCCCUAAAGAGAUUACUUGUUCAGCGGUGCAGGUUUGUGUGCAGCUUUUGACUCUGAUAUCACCCCAACACUGCUGUCCAUGAGGUGUUUGGUAGGAGACCUUUUUCAUUGCAGAUAUUGUGUAGAGAAAUCACAGGAGCGAUAACAAUAGCUGCAGUCUGUUAAGUGUUCCAGCUCCAUCAGCUGAUUGGGACUCUUAAUGUAAUGAAGCCAAUGUUAAUAUAUACACCUGAGUUUAUUACUACUUUUACAAGUCGAAAUGUUAAAAAAGAUGCUGGCUCUGGCAAGUUUUUACCGGGCCGCUUGUAGCCUCGCCGCCUCGCUUCUGCUUCCUCUUGCAUCACCUUCGCUGUGCAAGUAAUCCAUGGCAGAACAAAACUAGAUUCUAGAUCUGUCCAUUGCAACAGUCUGCUCCAUGCAGGAUAUUAUUUUGGAUGUUUAAGUUUUACUGUAACGCUAAUUGUAGUAGCUGCGUUUCCUUCUUCGUCCUCUCUGAGGACAUUACAGUGACUCACUAUCAGAUAAGAUAAGAUAAGAUAAGAUAAGAAGCCUUUAUUGUCAUUGAACAUACACCUAUAUAGGGCUGGGCGAUAUGGACCAAAAGUCAUAUCCCGAUAUAUUUAGUCUGAAUAUCGAUAUACGAUAUAUAUCCCAAUAUUUUAUCGCAAAGAUGGAACAAAUGUUCACAAGUAGUUUUAUUGAAACAGUCUAUUUAAGUGAACAUAAAUACUGUAUAACAACAGGACUACCUUUUUAGUUUUUUAAAUCAAAGCUCCAUAAAGUGCACAUUUAAAUAAAUAAAAAAAUCUUAAAUAAAAUAGUCUUAAAUAAAAUAAGCCAAUUUUUUUCUGAAAUAAAUAUAUUAAUAUGAGGAAAGAAUAACGGACAUUACAAAAUAACAAAAUCUGACAAACCCUAGUAAGGGCAGCAUUUAUAUAUAAAGCAGCUUGCCUGGAGCAAGGAUCACAGAGCAAAAUUGAACUAUAUCGAUAUAU